AAAAUAUCAUGUACUUAAAUAAGAAAAUCUAUUCGAUACGGUUAAUGUUUUGUUUUAUCGAAGCCGAGCGUUUAUUAUUGAAGUUGUUUAUGUGAUUCCUCAAUGUAUUUCACUCAUCUCGUUGCUAGACAACCUGGCAACCUAAGUUGUCACAAAAGUAAACUAUGUGCAGAUUCUAACCUAUAUGAUUGACAAUAAUAAAGUAUGACAUAAAUUGAAUGGAAAUAUUGAUAAUUUAUUGGUUUAUUAUGCAAUAAAGAUGAGUGGUGCUACAGAAUUACAAGCAACACAUAAGACUGAGCAAUUGCAAGAUGAUACGAUAGAAAAUGUUGACGUUGCCGAAGCAGAUUCUACCCAAGCUUAUCAAAUUCGUCCAAAGUUAGAAGAAAAAUUCAAGCCCUUAAGUGCUAAAGAAGUCAUUCAUAAUGUUCUGUUUGAUCAUCUAUCGACAAAAGAAUACAACAAGCACGAAGCACAAAAAUGGUCAAAAGAAAUUGCUGAUAUCAUUAGAGAUAAAAUUAAAAAAUUAGACUUUAAGAAGUACAAAUAUAUAAUAAAUGUCGUUCUUGGGACAAGAAAUGGAGCUGGCAUGAAAAUGGGUACACGUUGCAUUUGGGAUGCAGAAGCCGACAGUUACGCACACGAUAGCUUUACAAAUGAUACGAUAUUUUGUGUCGCAGCAGUCUAUGCCGUUUAUCAUUAUUAAUUUAUAAUUGUAGAAAUUGUUGACCAAGGAUUGUUAAAUUGUAAAUAAUAAGAGAAACGAUAUGUAAUGUAAGUGUUCUAAUAGUUCUGUAUUUAUUGUAAUUUUAUAAUAAUGUACAUUGUUUAAUAAUCUUAGAUAAGAUAACGAUUUUCAUUGUGCCUCAAA